AAUAGGAUAUCCAGAGGCUGUGGCAUCAAUUUCCUCAUCGAGCAAUUGCUUUAAAACGGCCUCAGAAUAUGCAAUAAGAGUACAUCAGUAUCCGGGGACCAACGCACCAGCAGGCUACGCACUUUAGCCGUCUCAUCUUUACCAUCCAUCUGACGGGCACCCGGAUUCCCAGCUGCUUUUGGUGCCUGCAUCUGUAGUGCAAAGCGGCCGGAGAGCACACGAACCACUUCAGGAAAAAAAAAAAUGACCGAAACGGAAACCAGGAAUCAUCACGCUGACAAGCAACAGAUUGGAGGAGCCAUGGCCGAAACAUCGUCGGUGGAAGAUGUUUUUGACGAUACCUAUACAGAGAAAGAAGGUCCGAAACCGCCGAGGAUGCUGGUGUGGAGAAAUAUCAUGCUGAUGACCCUCCUUCAUUUGGGUGCGCUUUAUGGACUGACUCUCGUGCCCUCCGCAUCGGUUUUAACUCUUGCGUGGACUGCGGUGUGCUAUCUCAUCAGUGCUCUCGGUGUGACUGCCGGUGCACACAGAUUAUGGAGCCACAGAUCCUAUAAGGCUUCUUUUCCUCUGCGAGUCUUCCUCGCUCUCGGCAACUCCAUGGCCUUUCAGAAUGACAUAUACGAGUGGGCGAGGGACCAUCGCGUCCACCACAAGUACUCUGAGACGGACGCAGACCCCCACAAUGCCACUCGGGGGUUCUUCUUUGCCCAUGUCGGUUGGCUGAUGGUUCGCAAACAUCCCGAUGUCGUUGAAAAGGGCAAAAAACUGGAGCUGACUGACCUGAAGGCAGAUAAAGUGGUUAUGUUUCAGAGACGGCACUACAAGAUGUCCGUGGUGAUCCUUUGCUUCUUCGUGCCCAUGUUGGUGCCCUGGUACUUCUGGGGUGAAUCCUUGGGCGUGGCGUACUUCGUCCCUGGACUCCUGAGAUACGCUGUGAUGCUCAAUGCCACCUGGCUGGUCAACAGCGCUGCGCACAUAUGGGGCAACAGGCCUUAUGACAAAAGCAUUAACCCAAGGGAAAACCCACUUGUUGCUUUCAGUGCCAUAGGAGAAGGCUUCCACAACUACCAUCACACAUUCCCCUUUGACUAUGCCACAAGUGAGUUUGGCGUCAAGCUCAAUCUCACCACUGCCUUUAUAGACCUCAUGUGCUUCAUGGGUUUGGCCAAGGACCCCAAGAGGGUGUCGAAGGAAAUUAUCAACGCUCGCAUCCAGCGAACGGGUGAAGGCAGCAACAAAAGUGGCUGAGUCACACUAGAAAGGAACUUUGCAACUGAUACCGACAUGUCGAACCAAGACCGGACGUAGCAACAGGUAUAGCAGCAUUUCAGUGGU